UGCGCCGCGGGACCCCUAUCCUGGCCGCUGGCCGCCGCCGCCGUCGCCGCUGCUGAAACCCCGAAGCCUCCCCAGUGACGCCGCAGCCAUGGAAAGCGGCUCACGUUCGGAGCCCGGUGCCGGCGCAGCCCCAGAUGUGGCAGCCAGGACCCCUCCAGAGCCACGACCUUCUCCAGAAGGUGACCCCUCCCCGCCGCCGCCACCACCACCGAUGUCAGCCCUGGUGCCCGACACUCCCCCAGACACCCCUCCCGCCAUGAAGAACACCACUGGCCCUAAGCAGCUCCCACUGGAACCAGAGAGCCCCCCAGAGCUGGCCGGGCCUAGGCCAGCCCCACAGCAGGAAGAGUCCCCUUUCUCAGAAGUGAAGAUCAGGGGACCCACCCCACCAGCCACAGGCCCACGGGAUGCCAGGCCUCCUCGAAGGAGCAGCCAGCCAUCCCCAACAGCAGUGUCAGCUGCCGACAGCCCUCCCACGAAGCAAGAUGCAAAGAAGGCAGGAGAGAGACACAAGCUGGCGAAGGAGCGGCGGGAAGAGCGGGCCAAGUACCUGGCGGCCAAGAAGGCGGUGUGGCUGGAGAAGGAGGAGAAGGCCAAGGUGCUGCGGGAGAAGCAGCUCCAGGAGCGCCGGCGGCGGCUGGAGGAGCAGCGGCUCAAAGCCGAGCAACGCCGAGCAGCCCUGGAGGAGCGGCAGCGGCAGAAACUGGAGAAAAACAAGGAGCGAUAUGAGGCAGCCAUCCAGAGGUCAGUGAAGAAGACGUGGGCCGAAAUCCGGCAGCAGCGCUGGUCCUGGGCAGGGGCCCUGCACCACAGCUCCCCAGGACGGAAGACCAGUGGGAGCAGGUGCUCCGUGUCGGCAGUAAACCUGCCCAAACACGUGGACUCUAUAAUCAACAAGCGGCUCUCAAAGUCCUCUGCCACGCUCUGGAACUCCCCCAGUAGAAAUCGCAGCCUGCAGCUGAGCCCAUGGGAGAGCAGCAUUGUGGACCGUCUGAUGACGCCCACCCUCUCCUUCCUGGCACGGAGUCGCAGUGCAGUCACCCUGCCCCGAAACGGCCGGGACCAGGGUAGGGGCCACGGUCCUGGGAGAGCCCCCUCGAGAGGCGGGACGGGGGCCAGCCUCGUGAGUGGGCCGCACCCCGACCGCACUCAUCCCUCCGCAGCCGUGCCCGUGUGCCCACGCUCGGCCUCCGCCAGCCCCCUGACGCCGUGCAGCGCCCCCCGAAGCGGGCACCGUUGCGCCCCCACCGGGGAGCGCCGCAAGGCCAGCACCGUGGGCAGCCCUGCCCCGGCCCGCCUCCGGCCCGAGGCUUCGCUGGUGCAGAAAAAGGAGAAGAAGGACAAGGAGAGGGAAAACGAGAAGGAGAAGAGUGCCCUGGCCCGGGAGCGCAGCCUCAAGAAGCGCCAGUCGCUGCCUGCCUCUCCGCGCCGCCCACGCCUCUCCACUGGCAACGUGGAGCUCAGUCCCAAAUCCAAGGCCCGGCCAUCCUCUCCCUCCACAUCCUGGCACAGGCCUGCCUCUCCCUGCCUCAGCCCAGGGCCAGGUCAUGCUCUGCCCCCAAAACCACCGUCCCCCCGCGGUACCACUGCAUCACCCAAGGGGCGGGUUCGGAGGAAGGAUGAGGCAAAGGAGAGCCUCAGUGUGGCGGGGCCUGAGGACAAGAACCAGAGCAAGGGCAAGGCCAGUGACGAGAAGGAGCCUGCAGCCCCAGCCUCACCAGCACCCUCGCCUGUGCCCUCACCCACCCCAGCCCAGCCCCAGGAGGAGCAGCCCACAGAGAUCCCUGCAGAUACAGCAGUCUUGACCUCACCCCCAGCCCCUGCUCCCCUGGUGACCCCUAGCAAACCGAUGGCCGGCACGACAGACCGAGAAGAGGCCACUAGGCUCCUGGCUGAGAAGCGGCGCCAGGCCCGGGAGCAGCGGGAGCGGGAGGAACAGGAGCGGAGGCUGCAGGCAGAAAGGGACAAGCGAAUGCGAGAGGAGCAGCUGGCUCGUGAGGCAGAGGCCCGGGCAGAGCGGGAGGCCGAGGCCAGGAGGCGGGAAGAGCAGGAGGCCCGGGAGAAGGCGCAGGCGGAGCAGGAGGAACUGGAGCGGCUGCAAAAGCAGAAAGAGGAGGCCGAAGCUCGGUCCCGAGAAGAAGCUGAGCGGCAGCGUCUGGAGCGGGAAAAGCACUUCCAGCGCGAGGAGCAGGAGCGGCAGGAGCGCAAAAAGCGCCUGGAGGAAAUCAUGAAGAGGACUCGGAAGUCAGAAGCUGCUGAAAUCAAGCAGAAGCAGGACAGAAAGGAGGCAAAGGCCAACAAUUCCAGCCCAGGGAUAGACCCUGUGAAAGCCAUGGAGGCUCGGCCCUCCGGGCUGCAGAAGGAGGCUGUGCAGAAAGAGGAUCUGGCCCCCCAGGAGCCUCAGUGGAGCCUGCCAAACAAGGAGUCGCCGGGGUCCCUGGUGAAUGGCCUGCAGUCUCUCCCAGCGCACCAGGAGAAUGGCUUCUCCUCUAAGGGACCCUCUGGGGACAAGAGUCUGGGCCGAACUCCAGAGGCACUCCUGCCCUUCGCAGAGGCAGAAGCCUUCCUCAAGAAAGCAGUGGUGCAGGCCCCACAGGUCACAGAAGUCCUUUAAGGGGUUGCCUUGGAUCCAGGCACAACUAUGAGGGCUCCUUUGCAUCAUCUACCAGGAUGUCUGCAAGAGAAAGAGACAGAACAAAGCUGGAAGUGGCCUGGGCCCCUGAGGGUUGGGUCCUCUCUGUUAUUUUUAACCUGCACCUUAUAGACUGAUGUCUCUUUGGCUGGAGCCCCUCAGUGCAUACGUGUGCUCACAGGCGUGGACCCCCCCCCCCAUACACACACACGUACACUCACAGCCUCUCUGGCCUCCUCCAUGGGGAAGGGCUACCUGUAGUAUUUGCCUUGGUUUGGUGGGGUACAGUGGAUGUGAAUACUGUAAAUAGCUUGUGCUCAGACUCCUCUGCAUGGAGUGGUGGGUGCAAGAGGCAGACCCUCCCAAGACUCCCUGGGGAGAUCUUCCUCCCUCUAUUUAACUGUGACUGAGGGGGAACCCAGGUCUGGGGAUGGGGGGCACCUUGGGCCACAGGAUACUGGUUGCUUUAGGGGUACCCAUGCCCCCUGCCCUCGCCUGGAAUCAGUGUUAUUGCAUCUGAUCAAAUUUCUCCAGAAAUAAAAUGACAAUAAUUCUGCCA